AUGUCGGCUGUGAAGAUUUCCUCCGAGGAACCCUUCGUCUACUCGACUUUUGAUCUUCAAAUCCUUGAGUAUGAAGAUAUUCAAGCCAAGAAAGCUCUUCAAGAUGAGUUCGAUUCUUUAAUUGCACCCCAUGCAGCCUACAUCGACAGACUUGUCCAAGAUAGAUGCGCCACACCCAAAGGGAAAACGAUUCUUUGGCUCAGCUACUGGAAAUCUCAAUCUGACUAUCUGAGAUGGUGGACCAGCGAGAAGGUUUCAAAAUUUUGGAUCAAUCUAUCACCUUCCGCAGGAAUGUGGAGGGAAGUCAUGACUCCAAAUGCAUCCAGAACACAACAUAUGACAACCAAGAGUGAAUCUAUCGGACUAGGUCACCUUGGAACACAAAUUUCAGUUGGAAACAAAAGCGGAUACUGGGGAUGUUAUCGACACAGAAUGGCCGCCUAUUCGAAUGAUACGUUCACAUCACCAAUUAACCAUGACCUCAAAAAUUGCUCGCCUGCGCAGGAUUCUCCCAACGGAGAUCAUCCUGGACGUGUCUUUAUUACCCACUUCCCAGACAAUAUCUGUUUUGUCGUUGAAGGACAAGGCCAUUCGGACAUCACGCCUGAUGAAAAGGAAUACUGGCAUGAUAAUCUCGAAUCAUAUACUACGCAGUGGAUGGAAGCUUUUUUCUCUGCUAGUCCAGAAUCAGGACACUGCUCCAGAUUUGUGUUUUCAGGGAUUCCACGCCCAAGGCACUGA